AUGUGGACCCGAAGCAUCGGAAGCGCCUUCCGAGAUACUGCCCACCGCAUUCCCACGUAUAGCUCCACUUCGGCCAGCUUCCGACCAUCGCCGACCUCAUGCCAUCGGACCUUCCGAUCGUCUUCAACGAUCCUGUCCUCCUCGCAACCACGUCUCAUUCUCGGCAUCGAAACGUCCUGCGACGAUUCCUGCGCAUCUGUUGUCUCCUCCGACCGAUCCGUCCUAUCAUCAGUCGUCACCAAGCAAGACCAUUCCUCCACUGGCGGCAUCCAUCCCCUCUCGGCCGCUUCUGGUCACCACUCCAACCUCCCCUCCACCAUCUCCUCCGCGCUCUCACAGGCCAAUGUAGCCCAUGCCGAUAUCGAUGCGAUUGCGGUUACUCAAGGCCCUGGCAUGACCAGCAGUCUAGGCGUCGGCUUAUCCGCAGCCAAGACCCUCUCUGCUGUGCUGAACAAGCCGUUGAUCUACGUACAUCACAUGCAAGCGCAUGCUCUCACGCCACUAUUGACGGAGAAAGAGCCCCCGAAGUUUCCAUUCCUAGUUCUGCUGGUAUCAGGAGGGCAUACGAUGCUGGUGUUGGCGAGGGGAGUGAGUGAGUUCAGCAUACUGAUAACGACAAAGGAUGAUUCGAUCGGUAAUGCGUUUGACAAAGUGGCGAGAGAUUUGGGCAUUCCUUGGACAAGCGCUUCUGGGGCCGCCUUGGAAGAGCUAGCAGAGAAGAGCGAUAAGAAAGCAGUAGAUGUGGUCUUUCCAGUCCCUUGCACAGGCCAAGCGCACUUCUCAUACUCGGGAUUGAAGGCCGCGGUCCAGCGUCAUAUCGAGUCUAGCGGAGGUGCCGACAUGGCAGAUACAGACAAGUCCGAGAUCGCUGCUGCUUUUCAGCGCGCGGCAAGUGCUCAGCUAGAAGACAAACUCAGCAUGGUUUUCCGACCCUCUUAUCAGAUCAAAGACUCGCACUUUCGUCCACGCUCUCGCAUCGACUGGCUUAAAGGCCUUAGGGUCGACGAUAUCAAGACUUUGGUCUGUAGCGGAGGCGUAGCAAGCAACCACUUCCUCCGUUCUCGUUUGAGAGAGCAUCUCGACAGCUUGGCUAGACAGGAUGUCGAGCUUCAAUUCCCACCGCUUUCGCUUUGCACAGACAACGCUGCAAUGAUCGCUUGGGUUGGACAUCUCAUCUAUGACCAGCGAACUACAGAUUACAGCCGUCUUGCAAGACCCAAGUGGAGCAUGGAGGAUAUACUCCGCUAG